AUGUCUGUCAUGAAUGAGGUUCAGACUAUUGAUUUAACUCUGAGUGAUUCAGAAACAGAUAGGAAUGAAAAUCUGUCUCCGAAUGUGAGCAAUAGUUUUAAGGAUUCGCAUAUCAAACCUGUACCGACAACGAUGAUGGUGAUGCGAUACAAUGACAAUGAUAAUAACAGUGAUGAUAAUAACAUUAAUGAUCAAGAUUAUGACAAGGAUUCUAAAAUAGUUGAGCAGUUUCACGAUAGCUCUCCUUUGAAAGUGUCAACACAAGAUACUGCUAUUGGUAAUAAAAGAAAUUUGAAUGAACUUGACGACUUCGAUUUUGAACAUGGAAAUGAACAAGAGACAGAUCAUCAAGCUAUCAAGCGAAUAGAUUUAGAUCAACAGGACAACUAUAAGGCUUCUGUUACGCCCGAGAUUAUUGAUAUAUCUGAUGAAAAUGAUAUCUCUUAUGAGGAGUCGGAUUUGAUUGUUGAACCUUCUGAAAGAAACGUCCAGUCCAGAUACGAAUUGUUACAACGCCACUUGAUGGAUAAAGAAACUGCUUUCAAAAAUAACAUUCUAUCUUUAGAGACUAACUCCCGAAUAUUGAAGAGAAAAUUAGAGAAAAGGGGCAAAGAAGUUAUAGACGCUGAAAGGAAAUUGAAUCUUCUAAAAAGGACGAAUUCAAAUUCAAACUCAAGACACAACGAUAAUGAAAGGGUUUUGAGUGCAGCACAGAGAAUAUUAGCAGAUGAAGCAAGUGUUGAUAUUCGAAGGUUGAAAUCCAAAAUGGAAAAUACAAAUUUGAAAUUAAACAGUGUAAGGAGUAGAUUGGAAAAUCAGAUCGGUCAAUUUGAUAACUUUAUGAUUGAUAAAGGUAAAAAAAUGAGACAAUAUUCAAUUGAAAUUCAAAAUGCAAACAGUGAUAGUGAAUCUAAUGCAAGAAUUGCACAAAGAAAUGACUUACUACGACAAAAACAAAGAUUACAAUUAAUGUUAGAUGACGGGUCUGUAACUUCUGAUACAUUCGUUUCGAUCAACAAUACCAUAAACAAAAAGUUGGAUGCUUUAGCUGCUCAAACUAAUAAAUCAAAUAACAACUUAAUGCCAGAACAAAGACAAGAGGUGAAUAAUAGGAACUUAUUUGAAAAAUGCAUGGAUACAGCUUACGACUUACUGAUGAAGAAUACAGCACGAACCGAAAGCGAUAAACGAACACUCUCUCAACAGUUGGACAUUAUUAAAAGAUAUAGGAGAAAUUUCGAAUUAGGUUAUACCUGCAACAUUGCGUGGAGAAAUGAAUGCCGAGAAGCAGCAGAGACUCUUUUCAAGAACGGUUUUAAAAUGCCACUAAUUUAUGAAACUUUACAAGAUUAUGGUAUUCAAUAUCGGGAUAAUUCGUUAUUGUCUACUGAUAGGAGGUCACAGUAUUUCAAGAGCUUGGAAGUUGCUCGCAGACUGGUUAAUGAUUCAAAUAGAAGUCCUGAAGUAAAGUCAACAAUUUUAAACAAUCUAAGUGUCUUACAAAGUUUGAGGCAGUGCAUUGAUUCUGGCUUGCCUCCAACGGCAAAUAUAAAGGAAAAGUGUUCUGAUGCUGUAAUUUUUCUAAUGGAACAGGGCUUAAAAAUGGAUAAACUUUAUGAAAAUAUCAAGAGGUACAAUAUAUUGACUGAGAGAAAAGAAUUUAACCUAUCACAAGAGUCUAGUAGCAUGCCGUCUUUUAAUCACUUUGGAACUUCCGAUAUAAAUCAGAUUCCUUUGAAAAUUGAAUCAAUGAAUGCUAUAAAUAGUAAUUCGUAUGAAAACAGUAUAAAUGUUGCUAAUAUACAUGCAGCAGAGGAUCAGGAACAUAUUCGUGCCUUAUUGGAGAACGUAAAACAGGACGAAUCAGAAAUUGAAGGUGAAACAUUGACACCAGAAGAUUUAACAGUCAACCUUAUGAAACACCAACGUGUCGGAUUGAAAUGGCUAUGCAACGUGGAAAAAUCUAGGAAAAAAGGUGGUAUUUUAGCCGACGACAUGGGUCUUGGUAAAACGGUUCAAGCUAUAGCGCUAAUCCUUGCUAAUAAAUCUGGGAAUUUUCAAUGUAAAACAACGCUAAUUGUCGGUCCUGUCUCCAUUUUAAGAUCAUGGCAAGGUGAAAUAGAAACGAAGGUAAAGAGACGUGCAAAUAUGCGAUGCCUCAUAUAUGGCGGAUCUAAUGGUAUGAAAGUUAAGCAUUGGCGGGAUUUGGCAAGAUACGAUGCUAUCAUGAUUUCUUACCAAACCUUGGCUAUCGAGUACAAAAAGCAUUGGCCGGCAAAGCUCGAGGGAGAUCAAGCCAACAAUUUGCCUCCCGUUCCGCAACUUACUGCAUUGAACUCUUUGAAAGAGUCAAAUGAGUAUUGGUCACCUUUUUAUUCGGAUGAAGCAAAUUUUUACAGAGUUAUACUAGAUGAAGGACAGAAUAUUAAGAAUAAGAAUACCCAAGCUGCUAAAGCUUGUUGCUCUUUGAAUGCGACAUAUAGAUGGGUUUUGUCUGGUACUCCAAUUCAAAAUAAUAUGACUGAGUUGUAUUCGUUGAUCAGAUUCCUUAGAAUACCUCCUUAUCAUAGGGAAGAGAGAUUCAGCGCAGAUAUUGGUAGAAAAUUGAAAAAUACGGACAAUCUCAGUGAAGAUCGUAAAAAUGCUUUUAAGAAGGUAAGAGUUCUAUUAAAGGCUAUUAUGCUUCGUCGCACGAAGAAUGACAAAAUCAAUGGAGAGCCUAUUCUUGAAUUACCCCCAAAACAUGUCGAAGUUGUUGAAGCACAGUUGGAAGGUGAAGAAUUGCAAUUCUAUACUGAUCUCGAAAAUAAGAAUAAACAACUUGUUAAAAAAUUAUUGCAGAGGAGAGCGAAGGGAAAUUACUCAAGCGUUCUAACACUCUUAUUGCGUUUGAGACAAGCAUGCUGCCAUUCCGAACUUGUUUUGAUCGGUGAGAAAAAAGCUGAAUCGAAAAAGGUUGUUAACGGUAAGAGUUUUGAAAAUGACUGGCUUAGAUUGUACCAUAGAGUCCGACAAAUGACACCGGAACAACAUGAAUUAGUAUCAGCGUCCUCGGACAGCAUGAUUUGUUCUUGGUGCAUGGAACAACUAGAACCUGAAUCCACUUGUAUUAUGACAGGUUGUGGGCAUUUAAUAUGUGAGACGUGCGUUGAUCCUUUUGCAGAAGAAGCUGCUAAUAUGCCUGGAAGCAAGACAGAUGCAAAAGGAAUUCCAUACCUGCCUUGUCCUAAAUGCAAUAGGUUGACAAAGGAAAAUGAGAUAGUUACAUUGAGUCUGUAUGACCAGGUAGUCACUCAAAAUUUCUCGCAGCAACAAUUAAAUGCAGAAUACCAGAAUGAAAUGGAGCGUCAAAAAAGAAGAGCGGCAGAAAAUAGAUAUACCCCUGACACCGAGAAACUUGAAACGUCAACAAAGAUGCGUCAAUGUAUGGAUGUGAUAAGAAAUGUCAUGAAUGAGUCUGAUACCGACAAGAUAUUGGUUUUCUCUCAAUUCACAGGAUUCUUUGAUUUGCUCGAGCAUUUUUUGCAAAGAGAUAUGAAAGUCAAAUUUUUGAGAUAUACAGGCGCCAUGGAUGCGCAAAGCAGAUCUGAUGUGAUAAACCAAUUUUAUCGCGAGAAAGACAGGAGAGUUCUUUUGAUUUCGACAAAAGCUGGAAACGCAGGUUUAACUCUAACUUGCGCAAAUCAUGUUAUUAUAGUGGACCCGUUCUGGAACCCGUAUGUGGAAGAUCAAGCCCAGGAUCGUUGUUAUAGAAUUAGUCAAACAAAGGAAGUUCAUGUUAAGAGGUUAUUCAUUAAAAACAGUGUAGAGGACAGGAUUGCUGAGUUGCAGAAAAGGAAAAGGGAAAUGGUGGACGCAGCUAUGGAUCCAAGUAAGAUGGAUGGAAUUAAUAAAUUGGGUGCUCGAGAACUGGGGUUUUUAUUUGGAUUGAAUACCUUAUAA